AUGACGUCGGUUAUUGGACACGGAUCAGGAGCGACUCUUGGUGCGAUUUGGAUGCGGUCUAGGUCGGGGUCAAUGCCGUAUGGUCUGCAGUCAAUGCAGAGUGAGGCACAAGUGGACCAAGCGCGACACGAAAAUGACUCAGGGGUCAGAGGUCGAGUUUUGGCUGAGUUGAAAUUCGACUUCAACUUCUCUAAGGUUAAAACUGCAGAUAACUUACCAGAUGAACAAGUAGAUGGAUUGAAGCAAAUGUUUCAUAUGAUGGACAUCGAUAAAAAUGGACAUUUAUGUUUAGAAGAACUUAAAGAUGGUUUACAAAUGAUUGGUCAUAAUGUUCCUGAUAAUGAAGUUCAUAUGUUAAUGGAAGCUGCUGACAUUGAUGGGAAUAGAAUGCUGAACUGCGAGGAAUUUGUGACAAUGUCUGUUCACUUGAAGAGGAUAAACAACAACGACGAUGAAGAACAAUUUCAGUUAGCUUUCAAGUGUUUUGACAAGAAUGGAUGCGGUUACAUUGAAUUUGAAGAACUUAGACAAGGAUUGUUAGAAGACAAUCUUGUUUCUUCUAUAAAUGAUCAGGUCAUUCGAGAUAUCAUCUUCGACGUGGAUCUAGACAAGGAUGCAAGGAUUAGCUAUGAGGAAUUUCGAACUAUGAUGACAACCGGAGUAGAGUAG